AUGGAAAUUGACAAUGAGGGAAAGGAUGUAGAACAAACAAAAUAUCGAGGGAUUAUUGGAUAUCUUCUAUACCUAAAAGCAAGUAGACCUGGCAUUUCUUUUGCUAUUGGGGGAACCCAAAGUGUUGGACUUUGGUACCCGAAAGGAAGAUCUUUCGACCUAAUUGGAUACUCAGAUGCAGACUUUGCUGGAUGUCGAAUUGACCGUAAAAGUACCUCUGGAACCUGCCAGUUCCUAGGGGGAAGACUUGUGUCUUGGUUCAACAAGAAACAAAAUUCCAUUGCAACUAGCACAGCUGAGGCUGAAUACAUUGCUGCAGGAAGUUGUUGUGCACAAAUACUAUGGAUGAUGCAACAACUUAAAGAUUAUGGUGUGAUAGCACGAGAAGUGCGUAUAAAUUGCGAUAAUACAAGUGCUAUCGCCAUCACUCAUAAUCUGGUAUGA